GCCAGUCGGGACCGUGCGCGCUGCUGCGAUCAACGCGGCAUGGAGCCGAGCGGGUCGCGACCCCGGGGUUUCCCCGAGCUGAAGAACGACACGUUCCUUCGCGCUGCCUGGGGAGAGGAAACGGACUACACCCCCGUUUGGUGCAUGCGGCAGGCAGGCCGCUACUUACCAGAGUUUCGGGAAGCUCGGGCUGCCCAGGACUUUUUCAGCACCUGCCGCUCCCCAGAGGCCUGCUGCGAACUCACCCUGCAGCCCCUGCGCCGCUUCCCCUUGGAUGCUGCGAUCAUCUUCUCUGACAUCCUCGUGGUACCCCAGGCACUGGGCAUGGAGGUGACCAUGGUGCCUGGCAAAGGGCCCAGCUUCCCAGAGCCGCUGCGAGAAGAGCGAGACUUGGAGCGCCUCCGGGACCCAGCGGCUGCGGCCUCUGAGCUGGACUACGUGUUCCAGGCCAUCACCCUCACUCGGCAGCGGCUGGCUGGGCGGGUGCCACUGAUCGGCUUUGCCGGUGCCCCGUGGACUCUGAUGACAUACAUGAUUGAGGGUGGCGGCUCAAACACCAUGGCUCAGGCCAAGCGCUGGCUCUACCAGAGACCACAGGCCAGUCACCAGCUGCUCCGCAUCCUCACUGAUGCUCUGGUCCCUUACCUGGUGGGACAGGUGGCUGCUGGUGCCCAGGCGUUGCAGCUCUUUGAGUCCCACGCGGGGCAUCUUGGCCCACAGCUCUUCAACCAGUUUGCACUGCCCUACAUCCGUGACGUGGCCAAGCGAGUGAAGGCCAAGGUGCAGGAGGCCGGCCUGGCUCCAGUGCCCAUGAUCAUCUUUGCUAAGGAUGGACAUUUUGCCCUGGAGGAGCUGGCCCAAGCUGGCUAUGAGGUGGUUGGACUUGACUGGACAGUGCCCCCAGCGAUUGCCCGGGAGCGUGUGGGGAAGACAGUGACGUUGCAGGGCAACCUGGACCCCUGUGCCCUGUACGCGCCCAAGGAGGAGAUCGGGCAGCUGGUGCAGAAGAUGCUGGAUGCCUUCGGAUCCCAGCGCUACAUCGCCAACCUCGGCCACGGGCUCUACCCUGACAUGGACCCCGAGCACGUGGGGGCCUUUGUGGACGCCGUGCAUAAGCACUCGCGUCUGCUUCGAAAGAACUGAGUGCACUUACCUUCUGCUGCUAAUGCAGAUUAUACUCGUAGGAGAAUAAAAGUUCCAGAGCUGGA